CUAAGCAAAGCCAUCAGCGCCCUUCACUGGUGUCCGUUUUGCAGUCUCCCUCUGAACAAGGACUAGAGGAGCUCUCCAGGUGGGGGUGCGACAGACUUCUCGCUCUGACCGCCAUUCAAGCCUACCUUCAGCACGACUCCACCAGGUGUAAGAUCGUCUGAGUUGUCAGAACCUGAAGCAUUUGGAUCUGUCGGACCUCCCAUCCGUCAACAAUAAGGGAUUGGUGCUGAUCCUCCUGGAGGAGGUCUUGCCGGGCUGUGAGAUUGUGGGCAUUGAUUAUACAGAUGGGCUGCAUACAGACGAGGUUCGGCCGGCUCAGAAGACAUGAAAUGAGCCGUGGGAUGGCGAAUCUGCACGCUAAGAAUCUGACAGUAAUCCGCUGACCAUGCUGGAGCCCUUACAAGGCGAUGAGAAGUCCACCUUGGCUGCCCUUCAUUCCUUGGCACAGAACAUGAAAAAAGUGUUGCCCGCGUCUGGAGCCUAUUGGAAUAGUGAGCAGCUUCAGUUACUGGACGCGAAGAGGCCACGGGCAUGGAUGUGCAACAAAUCCACCCCGCGGGUCAAACCACCCGAGUCAUAUCCAGAACUCUUAUUGAACUUUCUGUCUCAGGAUCAAUGCCGAAACCAUAAAAUGAUCAUAAACCAGGCAGACAAGUGUCCGCUUAAUAGGACUUUUCUUCUUCUGGCCAUCAAGUCUUCUCCACAGAACUUUGCCCAGAGACAGGCAGUAAGGGAUACCUGGGGGGCAGAGAAAAACUAUGGUGGCAAGUAUGUCAGAUUGGUCUUCCUCCUGGGCACAGUGCCAGCGCUUGAUCUAUCUCCUCUUUUGGAGUACGAGAACAGCCGUUCACAUGACCUUCUUCAGUGGGACUUUGCAGACACCUUCUUCAACUUGACGUUGAAGGACCAGCUGUUUUUGGGGUGGGCGAGGACCUAUUGUGCUAAAGCCACCUACAUACUAAAAGGGGAUGAUGAUGUCUUUGUCAGGACGCCCAACAUAGUGCAGGUUCUGUCGUUACUGAGCAGCCAUAGGCGUCACUCACUCUAUAUGGGACACGUUGUAAAGCUAGCCAAACCCUACAGAGACCCUCAAAGCAAAUACUACAUACCUAUAUCUUUCUAUAUGGGGAUAUAUCCACCUUAUGCUGGAGGAGGAGGGUAUGUGUUUUCUGGAUCUCUCACCCCUUGGCUUUACCUGGUUUCCCAUUUUGUGCUUCCUUUUCCAAUUGAUGAUGUCUACACUGGAAUGUGCUUUAUGGUCCUGGGUGUGAAACCACUUGGACACCCUGGAUUUAGGACAUUCAGUAUGCCAAAGAAGGUGAAAUCAUCAAGCUGCUCUGAGAAGAACCUCCUUUUAAUACAUCAAAAAAGUCCUCAAGAGAUACUGAAGAUGUGGGGGGAGGAUGAUGAGGAGACACCGACACAGCAGUGCUGAGACCGGUGCCUCAUUAUACACUGAACUUCACUUUGCCAGUGCCUCGACCUAAAUGCCCUUUCUUGCAAAAAUGUUAUGGAGUAUUAGAGGAGAUGCAAUGGCCACAAGCUUAGCUCGUUUUACAAGUGAUUUGGGUGCAUGGUUCACUGCAGGCUUCUCGGUCUCCACUGCCAGUAUGUCUUCUGUAGGUUACCUAUAAAAAGGGUUUUAUCUAU